AUGUGCGACGGACUGCGGGAUGCUGUGGAACGCGUGAACGCGUCUGUGCGACCGGGCAGACGACGUGCAGGUGCGUCAUGUCGAUGGCCGAGGUGAGGUCGCUCUGGCUUCGACACGCCAACAAGGCCGUGACUUCUCCCGUGGUAGCUCAGUUGGCAGGUCAGCUGCCUGCCUGGCUGCACGGCAGCCUGUAUCGGAAUGGUUCGGGCAUCAAGGAGGUCGGCCCCGACCGCUACAACCACCUCUUCGACGGUCUGGCCUGCGUGCACAAGUUCCACAUCGACGGACCUGCGGGCAGGGUCACAUACCAGAAUCGGUUCCUCGACAGUGACCACUACCGGGCCAACAUGGCGGCCAACAGGAUCGAGGCCUCGGAGUUCGGCACCUUGGGACGUCAGGACCUCUGCCGAAGUCUGUUUGGCCGGCUGAUGUCCAUCUACCAGGACAUGCGAGGCCCUGACCGUAGUAUGUCAGACAACUGCGCCGUAAACGUCGGCUAUUUCGGCUCCCACCUGUACGCCAUGACCGAGACCAACCGCAUCUGGAAGCUCAACGAUGACGACCUGGCCGCCGAAAAGCAGGUCGACCUCAGCAAGGUUGUCUCCGUGGAUAUGGCCACGGCACACCCGCACGUCACGGCGGACGGCACCAUCUACAACAUCGGCAGCUCCUUCAGCGGUGGAAAGAGGCCCUCCGUCAACUUCAUCGAAUUUCCAGCGAACGCUUCCCCAGGCUGCUCGGUGGCCGAGUCGGGCCGGAUCGUCGGCAGCCUGCCGCACCGAUGGCCUCUGGAGCCGUCCUACUUCCACAGCUUCGGCAUUACCGAAAAUUACUUUGUCUUUGUACAGCAGCCGCUAGUCAUCCAGGUGAAGAAGAUACCACUGCUGAAGCUGAAGAAGAAGCCUUUUAUUGAUGCGAUUGCAGCCAAGCCGGAGCAAGAGACGUGGAUCCGCCUCGUGAACAAACGGACCGGGGAGGUGCACCCCACCACCUUCACUGCAGACACAUUCUACGCCUUCCACCACGUCAACAGCUUCGAGCAGGAUGGCAACGUGGUGAUGGACAUUUGCGGCGUGCUUCCCGGCAAGCAAAACGUGAUGGAGAAGGUCUCAGUUCGAUGUUUGGUAACGGAUCAGGAGGAGCCCGAGGACCCCAUGCUACGUUUUGUCCUUCCCUUACAUGUAAAGCCUGGCGACCCUAACCGGAACCAGGUUACCCUAGAAGGGUCGCCGGCCACAGCGCAUGUCCGCGGGGACGGCACAGUGCACUGCGCGCCCCAGACGCUGACGCCGAGCGAGUAUCGCUCGGUGGACCUGCCGCGCAUCAACUACGCCUUCAACGGCAAGCCGUACCGCUUCGCCUACGCCUGCCGCUUCGUCGGAGCCGGUCUCAACUCGGAACGCCUUCUCAAGCUGGACGUAGCCUCUGGUCAGGUCGCCACCUGGAGCGACCCCUGCUGGUCACCGUCGGAGCCCGUUUUCGUGGCGGCGCCCGGCGCUGACGCGGAGGACGCCGGUCUGCUGCUGGCCUCGCUGCUGCACGUGGAGGACCCGCGUCGCGCCUCGCUGCUGGUGCUGGACGCGACCAACAUGGGCGAGCUGGCGCGCGCCGAAGUACGCACCGACGCGACGCUGGCCAAGGACUUCCAUGGCCUGUUUGCGGCAAGCGGUGCGACCGUCCACGCGUACUAACGAAGAGGCGUGUGGUUCCGGCUGCGUGGCAAUGACAGCCGGACUGGGGCAGAAGCAGUGGUGACGGAAGUGGUGACGGAAGUGGUGACGGAGCCGGGGUGUAAUUUUUUGUUCGGUGGGUGGGGAGCGCCAGCGCUUGAACACUGAGAACGCUUUGCGGCAGUCAUUAAAAAAUUAUGUUGAGCGUUUGGGGGACGUGGUGACGGAGUCGGGGUGUAAAUAUUUAUUCAGUGGGUUGGGGGAGCGCCAACAUGAGCUUUGAUAGCAUUGCCCGCCAAGUUCGUGAAAAGGCAUAUUGGGCGUUCGGAGAUGUUUAUACAGCUUUCCGCCUCGUUCCCAACGUAAUUUGCGAACCUACACACAUGUACAGAAUGAUGUACAAACAUGGCCGCUGGGCGUCCAUCCAUACAAGGGAAGUGCGAACUUGUAUCGUCAUGCGUUCAAAAACAGUGCCGGAGAUGGCGACGAGUCCUACUGGUUCUGGGCUGAUGCAUAUGUAUCUGGGCUGAUGCUGUUAUGGUGCGGCGCCGCGGUUUUAGACAACCUUGCGCGCUCCUUGCCACUGGGCUGGGAAGCCAGGCUGGGCCGCGGCUGGGCUGAGUGAUCGAUUGAUUGAUCGAGUGUCUGUGGUCGGGGCGUGACUGGCUUGUCGCUCAGCUUAGCUCUUUUCUCGUGCGAGCGGACAAGCCAGGACUGCCGCGAAUUACAGAGGUGGCACUAGGGGAAGUCUGCAACUGAAUGGCGCCGGUGCCGAGCUGAAAAGCAGGCUGGAGGAUUUAUAUGGAGGUUCUGAUUUGCAGGCGCUCGCGACAGCCUUGUGUCCUGUGGGGUCGGAAGACACUCUUCUCUUGCCUCGGCUAAUGUGAACCACAUUCCGUUUAUUAUAUGCAUGGUCACCGCUGCUUCAAGUGCAGCACAGGCAUCACGUGUAGACAUGAGUGUCGAUGUCUCAAAAUUGCUGUCCAGAUUCUGCCCUCCGCUGCCAGAGUCUUGAAAGUCGUCAGGAGAGCAGUUGCAACAAACUUGCCGGAUUUCGUCCAAUUAUAUUCUGGUUUUCUGGUCAUCUAUUAUAUAUAAA